AUGCUGAAGAGAGCAUCGGCAUUGGCCAAAAAAUCGCGGCAGAACCUUGCUGUGGGGAAUGGCCGAACUCCUGGCGGCCUGAAUCUGCGAGAGUCGCCGUUGAUGCGGUGGGCCGCCGCGAGAGUGGGGACUGGAGCACCAGCCUCGUAUUUCCGGGAGGUUGCUCGAGCUGCUGCAGACGAAAUCGAUGCCAACAAGGGCCAACUCAGUGCUAGUCACGUGGCCUUGCAUGAUAGUUUCUCGUGUCCCUGUUUGGAAUUCAUUCCCGAGUACUCUUUGAACCCAGGUUCUCGGUGGGCUUCUCGCUCGUGCAAGAACAAGAAUCAUGCUGAAAAUUUGGUUCACAAUGCCAUGCGGCGAUCGGAUGGGGUGCACGGUUCAGCAUUAUGCACUAUUCAUGCCGGCAUGUGUGAUAGUCGCCUUGGCUCAUGCAUAUCAUGCUGUGAUCUCACCGAGGUUCCUGUGAAAUGCACGAUCACCCACGUGGACUUGCCCAUAUCACUACUGCGGCCACAAAAAAGGCCUCGGGAGGACGUCGGCAAUGACACUGCCGACGCUGAGAAUGCGAAUCGUGGCCGUGGCCGGGGCCGUGGCCGUGGACGCUGUCGUCGACUGGGCCGUGGCCGUGCCAAGAAGAAGAAGGGGCAUGUUUUGAGAACAAUGGUUUACAAAAAAUGGCCAGUUUUCCUGCCACACCACAUGGCGCAUGCUCUGAUGAAGGGAGGAGCGGACCAGAAGGCCAAAGCUCACGCGAUCGCUGUGCAUGGGGACGAGGGGCAGGGAAAGAAACAACGCUCCGUCCUCGUGCUCAGCUGGAGCUGUCUGGGCAUUCGUGGAAAGAAUGUCCUCCAUUACAAGCUACCUUUUGCAGAUGCUUGGUUGAAUUUACAUGUGAUUCGGUCUGCCCACUUUGCAUACGACAAUAACGGCAAGAACCUCACGCUGGAGAGCCUCCAGAGAGCUUUUGCGAAUUCUCUUCGUAAAUGCAGCGAUCCGGCAGCGACUUCGUUGCCAAACGGCACAACACUUCAGUACUGCUGCGGCCGAGGAGAUUGGAAAUGGAAGGCGGAGUGGCUGCAGGAACUUCAUGAUUAUACCAACCUCAGAACGAACCCUACCACGGGACGAACCUUUUGCCGUCGCUGUCGCUGCACGAGCGAUGUGGAGUGCCGGCACUGGCUGGAUGCGAAAAACUUGAGCUGGUACGAACCAGCACUUGUGCAACAGCAUCUGGAUGCUUCGAUGCCGAGCACGCUUCCUCUCCGAAGCAUUCCAGGCUACCAUGCCGACAUGGAGCAGGCCGAUACGCUCCACAAUCUGUGGCUGGGGCCGGCGAAAGACACAUUGGGAUCCGUCUUGAUGGACAUAGUGGAAUUCCACCCCGAAUUUCGCGACCUCCCCUGGGAAGAGGGGCUGCAAGCCUUAUGCUCGCGAAUGCACGAUUGGUUUUCAGAGAAUAACUUGGAUCGUUCAUGCAUAGACGAACUCAGCCACUCGGAUUUGUUAUGUUUUUUUGGAAUAUACAGAGAAACGCAUUGCAGUUAA